AUGGCGAUUCCAGUCAUUGACUUCUCCAAACUUGACGGCGAUGAGAGGGCUAAAACUCUUGCCCAGAUUGCUAAUGGAUGCGAAGAAUGGGGAUUUUUUCAGAUUGUGAACCAUGGGAUACCUGUAGAGCUGCUGGAGCGCGUUAAGAAGGUGUGUGCCGAAUGCUACAAGACGGAGAGGGAGCCUUUGUUCAAGGACUCUGAGCCAGUUAAGUUGCUGAAUGAAUUGGUGGAGAGUGGUGGGACUGAGAAGAAGUUGGAUUUGGACUGGGAGGAUGUUUUCACCCUCUAUGAUGAUAAUGAGUGGCCAACAAACUCGGCAGAAUUCAAGCAAACCAUGAAAGAGUACAGGCAAGAACUCAAGAAGCUGGCCGAGAAGAUGAUGGAAGUCAUGGAUGAGAACCUAGGCCUCGAGAAAGGCUACAUCAAGCGAGCAUUUGCACCCGAUGGUCAGCCCUUUUUCGGCACCAAGGUGAGUCACUACCCUCCAUGCCCAGAACCUGACAGGAUCACCGGCCUCCGGGCCCACACUGAUGCCGGUGGCGUCAUCCUCCUGUUCCAGGAUGACGAGGUCAGCGGCCUGCAAUGCCUCAAAGAUGGAGAAUGGAUAGAUGUUCAGCCGAUGUCCAAUGCAAUUGUCAUCAACACUGGUGAUCAAAUCGAAGUGUUAAGCAACGGAAAGUACAAGAGCGCCUGGCAUCGUGUUCUUGCAAAAAGAGAUGGAAAUCGUCGCUCGAUAGCGUCGUUCUAUAAUCCAUCUCUCAGCGCUACUAUUGCUCCGGCUGAGGAUUCGGAGGUUUAUCCUAAAUUUGUGUUUGGUGAUUAUAUGACUAUUUAUAGCCAGCAGAAGUACCAGCCUAAGGAGCCAAGGUUCCAAGCUGUGUCUGCUAUGUAAAAGGAGUGCUUGCGUUGAUUACUUAUAUUGGCUAGUUAUGAUACUAUAUGUUUGCUUUUCGUCACAUAAAAAAAAGGUGUGGGAGGAGUCGGUGUUUCUUGAAUUGUGAGAUGUAGACUACUUGGGUAUCAUUUGGUUUGUAGUGAGAUGAUAUUUAAGUUCUUCAGUGUGUUAUAUAUGUAUGGGUUGGGGAAUCUAUUAAUCUGUUAUAAGUGAAAAUUGAUCAAAAUGAUAAGAAGAAGAACGCUUGUAAAAGGAA